ACCAUGAUCUCGUUUUGGCAUAUACUGUUGUUCAUUUUCGCAGCACUGUUCCUGAAGACCAACUCCCAAGCGCCGUGUCCGUUUUGCAAAUGUGAAUGUGAAAAUCGUUCUCCGUUGAAUGUGAAACAACAUAGUUGUGUCAUGAUACGAAGUAUGAAAAAUUUAGGUUGGCUCUACGCAGAUAGAAACAACGUGUUCACGCCUAACAAACAUCGAUACGUCUACAUGUCGAAAUCUCAGACCGUGGGGAAUCGCGAUGCCCAGUGGAACGUUAAAGUCGAACCGUACUACAAGAAAUCGUACCCUCUGAACAACGCGGGCCUGGGAGAGUGGUUAAUCCCGGGCUCAGAUCAGCUAGCACGAAACGCUGAAAGACGCUAUGUCUUCACCCAUCAACAACAGAAAUCGGUAAUUCCCAAAGAAGGAUAUUUCCAGUUCAUCAAGGAUCCAAACAAUACCCUCCUCGGCUACCGGAUACGGAAUGCAUGGUCCGGUGAAUAUCUGUAUGUUGACGAAGAGUACCAUCAAGGAGGAAACUUUCGAGUGUACCUAUAUCGACAGCACGGAAACUAUGAUAUGACUGACAAGAAGUACUGGUUCGAUCUAAUCCCGUGUCCAUAACCUAGCAUUCACUAUAAUGAAUUGUUUGAACAGUGGAUUCCACGAAGUCUAGUUCAGUUUUAGUUAACGAAAAUCUUAUAUGAAACAAAUUGUUCAAUCUAUAAAAUAACAUAGUAAAUGUA